GCGCUCUAGAUACUCGGACUCUACUUGCAUUCAUACGCAAAUCGUUACGAAAGGAUGUCAGGACGCGACAGGGGGCAGGCCGCCAAGAAGCGCAAAUAUCGCUCUGACGGAACACCGAUCUGGUCGCGCGCGUCCAUCGACGGGCCGGGCGUCUGGGUGAGCUGCGUGCGGGGGAAAGAGAAGGCGGUGGUCGGCGAGCUGUAUGAUCUGUUUGAGUCGAUAGCCGGCGAUCUGUGGCCUUUGCAGGGCACUCGGGGGUCUGGAGAGGACGAUGGUGCGGACGAUGGUGGAGGUGGGGAUGCGGUCGGGGGCGAUGAUGCGGACGAUCUGGAGGCGCAGAUUAAGAAGGAGGUGGCUGCUAUCAAGCGGCCGAGGACGGAGCAGCGGUUCGCUAAUUGUCAGACCAACACUCAAUGCGUCGUAUUCAUCUCGUGCAAGCCCCCUGUCGACCCCAUCAAACUCGUCACGACGCACGUCGAGAACGUCCGAAGAACCGGUGUGACACACACAAAAUACGUUCUGAGGCUGGUGCCCGUAACGGGCUCCUGCGUCGCCAAUCUGCCCGAGAUCCGCUCUCUUUGCCAACGGACGCUCAGCAAAUGGACCGAAGAAAAUCCCAUACCUAAGGACGAGCCAGACAAAAAGCACCGCUACAAGAUCGAGCUACGGAUACGGAACCACAACACGGUCCCGCGCAUGGACCUCAUACAGGCCGUGGCGGGAUGCGUGCCCGACAGCUUCCAGGUGGACCUGCACAACCCGGACGUGUUCAUACUGAUCGAGGUAUUCAAGGCCGUGUGCGGGGUGAGCAUCGUCCGGGAUUAUUAUCGGAUGCUGAAGUACAACGUCAUGGAGCUGGCGCAGAGCAAGGCGUCCGAGAAGGACGCCGAGGCUGAGACUUCGCGGGUGCAGAGUUCGGGCGCUAAAGUCAAGCAAGCUGAGGUCGCGCAGGCUGAGGCUGGCGGAGAAUCCGUUCCGCCAUUCGAGGACCCACAAAUCGGAGAAGGCACAGUAGAACCUUGAGAGCGUUCAUAAGGCAGAGGGAGAUGAUGGCGAGAAGAGAAAGUGCAUAUAGCGGAUAGGGGUAAUAACUUGGUGUUUUAACUCCUACGAGCAACUUCGGUCCGAAAC